CGAAAGAAGGACCCAAGCAGCCACCGACGUCCCCCUUUGAAAAAUUGGCAAAAAGCUUGAAAUUUCUCCUUCUUUUCUUGUUAAAUAACAAGCUUAGGACUUAGAAACCCUCCCUAAAGCAAGGAAUUUCAUAUCUGCAGUUUCUCUUCCUCCCCUGUCCGCCGACUGCUAUGUCGGUUUGAAUUUCUGGGCAUUUUUGGGAUGCCGUCGGCUUCUUCUCCCUACUAGCUCUGGUUUGCUUGCUGGAAUUCUGUCAUGAUUACUGACGCUCGCUAGUGGGAGUUUGCAAAUGUUAGCACAUGUCGACAUGUAUUUCUGUGGAACCGGUUCAUCCUACCAAUGGGAUAAUACAUUGUUUUCCUUGUCCACCUUUUCAGGAAGCGAAACCGAGGACGGGGAAACCAAGGGGAGUGACAAGAUAGAAGGCUAGCCAUUCUAAUUGGAUAUAAGUUUUAGAUUUUAUCAUCCUUUUGUAAAGUAGAUUUUAUUCGUAAAAUUUUGUGAUUUGAAUAAGUUCCGUGCCUUGUGCACUUGUGGGACCCGUCUCACGAGUGCACGGCGUCUGCCACAUCCUCAGAUUUGGGUCCUGAGGCGUGACAAUAUGUAUACCUCAUAAUUCUUUGUGU